CUUUUUCCGUUUCUUUCCACUCUAGCAAGACAUAUUUCGUGGCCAAAAAAAUAGAGGGGUGCCGGUUAGUCAAAGUGAACGAUCAGUGUAGUUGCUAGGAAAAUGCGGAAAAGUAUCAUAACAGUUUUGUUGUGGUAAAGCUCCAUAAAUAAAAACAUUAAGCAGUGGACGCGUUACAGUGUGUUUUGUGCUUGGGAAACAUCGGAGCAGAUUGCAUCGUUAUCUAAUUUCUAGGUCGAUUUACUUGCCUUCGCUCUCGGCUCGUUAUAGUGCAUCUGAUUCCGCGUAGCGUUCGUUGUCGGUCAAAGAUUGCAGUGGGGACCUCCGAGAAGAGUGGUCGUUAGCUCCGGGCUUUAUGUCCCUUUCACCGCAAGGCCCGUCACAAGUGGAAUCGGAAUCUAGCCUUGAUAUUGUAAUUGUGUUCCUGGUCGGACGAACGAGGUUUGAAAGUGCACUGACUAGUAAACCCCAAGUGUAGACCUAUUUCUCGUUAGUACUUGCUCGUACAGUAAUAUUUGUGCCCCUUAGUUAGCAUGGCAUCGGGAGAAAAGCAAUCCAGCGACAACAUGGUUUCGCUCGGCUGGAAAUUUUUAAACAAGGAAACAUUUGGCAAUGGUGAGCGUGCCAACUAUGUGAACAGUCCGCAUGUGAUUGCGAUGGUCGGAUUGCCAGCCCGUGGCAAGACGUAUAUCGCGAAAAAAUUAUCCCGCUACCUGAACUGGAUCGGCAUCAACACGAAGGUGUUUAAUCUCGGUGAAUAUCGACGCCAUGCGACCGAUGCCUACCGUAGCCAUGAGUUUUUCCGUCCGGAUAAUGAGGAAGCGAUGGCCAUCCGGCAGCAUUGUGCUGAGCUGGCGCUGGAGGAUGUUUGCAACUGGUUGGAAAAUGGCGGAGAAGUUGCGGUGUUUGAUGCUACAAAUUCCACCCGAGACCGCCGUCAGAUGAUACGCGAAAUUGUUGUGAAAAAGAUGGGAUAUAAGCUGUUUUUCGUCGAAUCAAUCUGUGACGAUCCCAGCAUUAUCGAGCAAAACAUAAUGGAAGUGAAAGUAAGUAGUCCCGACUAUCGCAAUAUGAACAUGGACGAAGCUCUGUCCGAUUUUCGGCUGCGCAUCGAACACUACCAGGAACGGUACGAACCACUGAGCGAGGAACUGGAGAAGGAUCUGUCGUACAUGAAGAUCUACAACACGGGCGAAAAGGUGGUGGUCCACAAGCACGAGGGUCACAUACAGUCGCGCAUCGUGUACUACCUGAUGAACAUACACAUUACCCCGAGAACGAUCUAUCUCACCAGACACGGCGAAAGUGAACACAAUCUACAGGGUCUGAUCGGUGGUGAUUCAAACUUGAGCGAACGUGGCCGUCGCUAUGCACAGGCGCUUGCCAAAUACAUUGACGAGCAGCAGAUCGAGGGACUGCGGGUAUGGACGUCGUGGCUGAAAAGGACCAUUCAAACCGUUGCCGAUGUGAACGCACCUCAGGAACGCUGGAAGGCACUGAAUGAGAUCGAUGCAGGCAUUUGUGAGGAAAUGACAUACGAGGAUAUUCAGCAACGGUUCCCCGAAGAGUUUAAGGCGCGAGAUCAGAACAAGUUCGCCUACCGUUAUCCACGCGGCGAAAGCUACGAAGAUUUGGUGGUGCGACUAGAGCCGGUCAUGAUGGAACUCGAACGACAAGGGAAUGUACUCGUAGUGUCCCACCAGGCCGUGUUGCGGUGCGUGUUGGCAUACUUUUUGGAUAAAUCUGCCGAUGAGCUACCGUACUUGAAAGUGCCUCUACACACCAUUAUUAAGCUGACACCGGUCGCGUACGGUUGCAAGGUGGAACACAUUAUGCUGCCGAUUCAUGCCGUCGAUACGCAUCGCGCCAAACCGGAGGUACCGGGUCAGCUAGACGCAAAGUUUGUGGGGAAACCGAAUCCAAAUCCAGUGGAGAAAAAAUAGACGCACUCACUCGGAAGGAUGUCUAUCUCUUUGGCACGUUGUGCAUUUGAAUUGAGGACAGAUGCGCCGAUGCAAUUUUUGAAUAUUGCAUCUUAUACUUUAAACGAUGCCGUUGAUCGUAAUCGUUGCCCCCGUUCGAUACUGUAAAAGGGUAGAACACCUCUCCAAGGUUUCGAUACGAAUUCCGACUGUUAACUAACCAUUUCGAAAACCAGUGCGGGUUUGCCAUUCGUGCUAAGUGAGAUUUAUCAGGUGUAACACGUCAGACUGUUUAAAGAGUGUACGAUGUUGUAAAUAAGAAUGAACAAAUUAUUUCACUUGUUUAACGUUUUGUUUUGCAUGUUUUUUUAAAUCAAAUUUUCUACAUUUACAGCACUGGAAACUGCAAUUGUUUUGUUUCUAUAAUUUUAGUUUGCUAGAGCAUCUAGUGCUAAAUAUCUUGCAAAGAAUAUUUCUGUAAAGAUGGAAAUACCUAAAAGACAAAUGACGUUAGCUUUGCAUAAAACAUAUUAAAGCAUAAGGAAUAUAACAAAUCUUAGAAAGAGGAAAAAAAAGAACAAAUCAAGGGCACAGCGCUGAGAAGCUAUAUAAUAUUAUCGUAGGCUGUCCCCCUUCAUUUGCUGUCCAACAAUAUUCUCUUGCUAGAUGUCCCCACAGCCUGAUCUGUCGUAGGUUAGCGAAUAAAAAUCAAAGGAACAAAUAAUAACAGCAGCUUAGGCGCACGUACAUUUAGCAACAAAAUGGAACUCUUUACAGGGUCAGGAAAUAAUCGGUACUAGAACUAAAUAAAAGUAAAUAAAAAUAA